AUGCACACCAACAAAAAGCCUCUCUGGCUUGUCUGCCCUCGCCUCGACGCUGCUGAGUACCGGGAAAAGCUGAUGGGCAGCGUCAUCAAAUACCCAGACCUCCCGACCGAACGUCGUAUCCCCUACCGAGCUUCUGAGUUGCCUAAGGACCUUGUCGCCGAUUUGGACCCCAAGCCAGUGCAGGUAUAUAAUGUGCGGUUCUGGGAGAAGAAUAUUCACGAUGCGUCUUUGAAAACGACGGUCCAAGAUAUGAUCAACGCUUUCGUCGCUCGCGCCAAGGAAAGCAGCAACGAAAACGUGGCAACUGUCGCUCGCGUCUGGCACAUGGACUCACCCGGGGAAAAAUUCAAGGACCUGCUUCGCAACACGCAGUACUUUGAUGAGUUGAUGGGGCUGCUCCUGAGCAACCAUGGCGUUGGAUACUUUGUUUCCGACAUUGUCACGCUGGUGAACCUCGAAGAGACCAAGACUCAUGGCACCGGCAGCGCUGUCGGUGUGACGGCCCAAGUCCCCGUUGACCCCAGCACGGGCAUCAAGGUUGGCGCUGGUGCCAAGUUUAGUGUCAUCCGUGAGAAGGGACACUCGGUGAGUUAUGAGGGCGAGUCCAUCGUGUUUAUGGGAUACCGCAAGAUUGAGCUCGAAAAGGUGAAUGGCAUUCGUGCAAAGCUGCGUCGUUUCUUCCAGGGCCCCAAGCAUGGCGUAGCCAUCAAGGACAGGCACGACUACUGGCCAGAGUUGGUGGAAGAGCCCGUUGAGGGGACUGUUGGUCCAUUCCUGGGUAAGAAUGAUAAGGAAACGCCGGGAGAAGAGACAGCAGAGAUGCGAGCCGUGCGCGAGGAGAAGGAAAGACUGGCACAGGAGGAGAAUGAAAGAAGCCAGAUGUUGGAUGCAAUAGCGGAGGAGCUGGGCAUUGAUCCAGUUGUUGGUUGCAACCACAGUGUGUAA